AUGAAGGCAAUCAUUGCUCUUUCUCUAACACUUUUCCUCCUUAACGGAGCAGUCCAAUUGGCUGAAUGUGCCGAAACCGCAACCACCCAACAGCCAGUUGUUCAAGAGGAGGUUAGCCAGAAGUACUGGCAGAAUUUGGCUGAGGAUCGAUUCACCAAGGACUGUCGACGAUUCCCCUCCUUGAAGGAGGCCAAACGAGCGAAAAAUGUCAUCAUGCUGCUGGGUGAUGGCAUGGGCAUGCCGACGAUCUCUGCGGGUCGAUUCUACUCGGCCCAGAAGUACGACCAGAACGGUUCGAGUUCCAUUCACCCGUUCGAGUAUUGGCCAUUCAACACGAUGGCACGGACCUACGAUCUGGAAACCAUGGUUACCGAUUCGGCGAGCUCUGCUACCGCCUACCUGACAGGCACCAAAACGCGGACGGGCAUGAUCGGAUUGGACGGUACUGUGGGCUACCAACAGUGCGGAGUCUGGCCGAAAUCCAGCUACACCGAGUCGGUCCUCGAGGCCGCUGUCAAGGCUGGCAAGGCCACGGGCAUUGUCACCUCCACGAGAAUCACUCACGCGUCUCCCAGCGGUUGCUAUGGUCACGUCAGUUUCCGUGAUUUGGAGGAUGACUCAGCGGUCCACAAGAUGUGUCCAGAACAAGCUGCUGCAAUGCCAUGCCAAGAUCUUGCCUGCCAACUGAUCACGUAUAAUCCAGACAUUAAUGUAAUGAUUGGCGGUGGACAAAAGUAUUUCUACCCAGAUACGGUUGAACUCCCAUCAGAUGCCAAAACGAAGGGAACGCGUUUAGAUAAACAAAACCUUGCUCAGAUGUGGAUCGAUAACCAGGAGAAGAAAGGACGGAAAUACUGCUAUAUCAGCAAACCAACAGAUCUAGCGAAUUGCAACGCCGAUGAGGUGGACUACAUUCUAGGACUCCCUUACGGAAGUCACAUGCCCUACACUCACGAGUUGACGUGGGAGGAGCCGACGCUUCUGCAGUACGUGCAGACGGCGGUGAAGGUGUUGGAGCGCCAGAAACAGGGCUACUUCCUCUUCAUUGAGAGCGGUCGCAUCGACCACGCGCACCACGACAACGAAGGCAGACGGUCGCUUGACGAGAUGGCGCACUUCGACUUGAUCGUGACCUACCUUCAGAAUACGGUGAACUUGAACGAGACCCUGAUCAUCCUAACCGCGGACCACUCGCACACCUUUGAGUUGGUUGGACAGCCGGGUCGCUUCCAAAAUAUCCUUGGUUUGGACCAGUACUACAGCCAACACGUAAGCUGGAGUUGUUCGAUUGCCACUGUACCUCCCGGUCGAACUCUCAUUCACUGGAAUUCCGCUUUACAGACCAAUGACAAGAUGCCAUUGCAAGGCCUAAACUACAUGAAUGGACCCAACGGCUUGACGAAUGAGUCUCGUAAGAAUCCUGCGGUGCUUGAUACUUAUGCGUGGACCUACAAACAGCAGACCCUGGUUCCACUGAGCUUCGCGUCUCACGGCGGAGAUGACGUCGGUGUGUACGCCACCGGUCCCAUGUCCGCGAUCUUCCACGUAACCGUCGACAACACCAUGAUCGCUCAGGCCAUGAAGUUCGCUCUUGGUGUGGAGCCAUACACCAACUCCACGUACCCGUGCGAAGGGAGAAGCCAGCACCACAUCGCCAUGAUUAAGUGCGCAUUUGUCUGCGCUUUAUUGUUAGUUUUCGACGUCACCCACGGUCUCCCCGAGGUGGACCUGCCGCAACCACCUUAUCCAAUCAAAGAGGAGGAAAUCAGUCCCUCUUAUUGGGAGAGUUUGGCGCGCAAGCAAAUUGACCGGGCAAACAAACAGUUCCCCGAAUGGGCCAGCAAGGCGAAGAAGGCUAAAAAUGUGAUUCUUUUCCUCGGCGACGGUAUGGGUAUCCCCACCCUCGCGGCGACCAGAUUCGACCAGAAUUUCACAGAUGGCAAAGCUGCAAAGCACAGCUUUGAGGAUUGGGAUUUUGGGACCCUCUGCCGAACAUACGACCUUGAAACCAUGGUUACGGACUCUGCUUCCUCGGCUACUGCCUACCUCACUGGCACCAAAACCCGGACUGCGAUGAUCGGCGUGACUGGGGCCAUUAAGGUGAAACAAUGCGCCGCCUACACUGCCGAACAGAAGACCGAGUCGGCUCUAGUUGCAGCACAGAAAAUCGGAAAAUGGACGGGCAUCGUGACUAGCUCCAGAAUCACGCACGCCUCUCCCUCUGGUUGCUAUGGCCACGUUGCUCAUCGCGACUGGGAAUCGGAUUCAAAGUUACCCUGCAAUGUAAACCAACCUUGCGCUUGCACUGACUUGGCAUUCCAACUGGCAACUGAACAUCCCGAAUUUCGUGUGAUUUUCGGAGGUGGUCAGCAAAACUUUUAUCCAAAGGACGCGCAACUGCCGUCAAGUACUUCGUCCAAGGGCAACCGACUGGACAAUAGAAAGCUUUACGAGGAGUGGCAAGCUGGCCAGAAAAACAUGGGCAGAAACCCACUGUACAUUGACAGUCCCAGCGCUUUCAAAACUGCCAAUUUCGACGGCUACGAUUCCGUGAUGGCCCUAAUCUCGCCAUCUCACCUGCCGUAUGAAUUGGACAAGCCAGAGGGUGAUCCAGGUCUGUACGAACUGGCAACACAAGCAGUCAAGAUCCUGAAAAAGAGCCCCAACGGCUUCGUGCUGUUCGUGGAAGGCGCCAGAAUUGACCAGGCUCAUCACGAAAAUCGAGCCAGAAAGUCGUUCGCGGAGAUGCAUGAAUUCGACAGGGCGAUUCGAGACAUCGCCAAGGAAUUGGAUCCAGCCGAAACUCUGCUCAUCUUAACCGCCGAUCACUCGCACUCCUUCGAGCUAGUUGGUCAACCAAGUCGCUUCCAGAAUCCUCUGCUUCAAGACAAAAUCAAGGGCUCGACGACCCUGGACAAGAAAGGAAUGCUUCCUGUGGGGUACAUGACAGGUCCGGGUGCUAAGAUGAAUACCACAAGAGAAAAUGUGACAGCCAUGAAUGAGACCUACCUUCUUGGCAAGGACACCCAACAGCAGGCCUUAAUUCCCAUUGGCUGGGCGACGCACGGAGGCGACGAUGUGGCGGUUUACGCCAACGGACCCUUCAGCUACCUCUUUCACUCCACCGUGGACAACACGCAUGUGGCACAGGUCAUGAAGUAUGCAAUUUGUGCUCCGCCCUACGAAAACGAACCCUUCUGCCUGGGCUGUGGCAGCCUCAAGGCGUCCUUCAUCGUGCUAAUUGGAUUGGUUGUUUGGAGCCUGUUCAAUUGA